UGGGCGCCCGCGCAAAGGCUUUUCUCCCAUGGCGGUGUUGGGAAUCACUCUCCUGAGAUUCCAAUCCACGCGGAUUUUGUUCCAUAUAGACAACCGAGACCCGUUUUGAUACUCGCAAAAGCCAAAACCAUCCCUCGACUCUCGUCUCUUUCUGCGUCUUCACUGAACCGAAGACGAGUUUGUCUCCUUCCAUGCGAGACAAACACUUUUGAUUCAAUCAGAUUCGACUUCUCUCACUCUGUUAGUCUCUCUCUCGCAUCUUUUCGGAGGUGAGUUCGUCCCUCACAGCCAUCUGCAGCUGUCUACCUGCUGAAGUGACUAGUGAACUGAGGUUUGUCCCUCAGAACCAUGGCUUCCAGUCAACAAUCGCCGGUGCUUCCUUCAUUUCUCAGGCGGAAGAAGUAGAGCCUCGUCCAAUUUAUGUUCAUUUUCUUUUCUCUUUGCCUCCACGGCAGAUCUCUUAAUUUUCGGUUAAUGUUCUGCAAUGCCUCCUUUUUUCUUGAUCGUUGGUGACUCAUUUAGCUACAUUUUUUUUCGAGGGUGCAAGUCAGUGAAGAUUCAGAGACCAAAGAACCAAUUUCAGUCCAGGAGGUUUCUUCAAGUUCUUCCUCUUAUUUUCAAGGUUAUUGAAGGUUCCUCAAAUUAGGAGAUCCAGCCAGACGAUGGUCCUCCCUUUUUGAUCGAUUGUUGGGUGUAUUAAGAGAGAGGUUCGACCCUGUUCUCAAGUCAAUCAGACCAGGGAAUCUUGAGGUUCCAUUUGUAUCUUGCCCUUUGCCUCUUCUGCAAGCUUUUCACACAUAUUGGAGAGAGAAAGGGAACACUCUCUGAUUCUGCCUCUCUAUCAGUCUUCUGAUGUUUCUCUGAGCAAAAACGUUUCCUUUUCUUCAACGAUAAAUUUUAAGACGGAGAAGGGAAAUUCUUAUAGCCGGUGAACAGUGAAGGGAAAUUCUAAUAGCCAGUGAACAGUCUUGUUUAAUGGCAUUUAGCAAAGUUUCCGAUGUUCUUUCUGCUGCCGCAGGUCAUAUGGCUUCCUCACGUUCUGUAUCUAGAUCAUCAUCAUCAUCUGGGUUGCUGCCCCCUGCUGGUCCAGAUCUAGGUUUUAGUACAUUCGGUAGUGGACAAAAGAAUAACUUGCGAUACUCAUCAUCACUCCAAGAUUUCUCAACUUAUCAUGGACUUGAUCCAGAUGAAGGAAAUCUAGACCUUGUAGUCAACAGGACUGCAUCACGUGGAAAAGUGCCUUAUGCUUUGCAGAGAGAAAGUGCUGGAGCAAGUUUAUCGAAGGAGAAAUCCUUUCCAGGAAUACCAUUUGUGUGGAAGAAAUGGACCCGAGUAAUCAUGGCUCUCAUAUUCUUACUUCUUUUAUUUUUCCUGUUUUCCUUGUGUGCAAAAUAUUUAAGUACUUAUUGGUCUCAAGAAACAUCAAAAUUUUAUGUGGUACUAGAUUGUGGAAGUACGGGAACUCGUGUGUAUGUAUAUCAAUCAUCUAUUGAUCAUAAGAAAGACGGAAAUCUUCCUAUUAUCUUGAGAUCAUUACCUGAAGGUACUCAAAGAAAAUCUAUUGCACGGUUUGGGCGUGCAUAUCUUCGAUUGGAAACUGAGCCUGGGUUUGACAAGCUUGUUCACAAUACAUCUGGCUUGAAGGCAGCAAUAAAACCUCUCCUGCGGUGGGCAGAGAAGCAAAUACCCAAAAGUUCUCUUAAGAGUACCUCACUCUUUCUUUAUGCCACAGCUGGGGUUCGUAGACUUCCAAGUUCUGAUUCCCAGUGGCUUCUUGACAAUGCUUGGUCAAUAUUGGAGAAUUCUUCAUUUUUGUGCCAAAGGGACAGGGUUAGGAUUAUCACAGGCAUGGAGGAAGCUUAUUAUGGAUGGAUAGCUCUUAAUUAUAACAUGGGUAUGCUGGGUUCAGAACCAACAAAAGCAACAUUUGGUGCACUUGAUUUGGGUGGUUCAUCCUUGCAGGUUACUUUUGAGACCAAGGAACAGGUUCAAGGUGAGACUGGUUUAAACUUAAAUAUAGGAGCUGUUAAUCAUCAGCUUAGUGCCUAUUCUCUGUCGGGUUUUGGUUUGAAUGAAGCCUUUGACAAAUCUGUAGUAUAUCUCCUCAAGACGGUUCAAGGAAUCAGUAAUGCCGAUCUAAUCAAUGGAGAGGUUGAACUCAAGCAUCCAUGCUUGCAGAGUGGGUACACAGAAAAGUACUUCUGUUCCCGGUGUGCUUCAUUAAACCAAGAAAGUGGGAGCCCUCUAAUGGUGGGAGAAAAUAUUGUUGAGGGAGGAAAACCUGGAAUAACUGUCCGCCUUGUUGGUGUUCCACGGUGGGAAGAUUGCAGUGCGCUUGCAAAAGUUGCAGUUAAUUUGUCUGAAUGGUCAGAUUCAAAUACAGGAAUUAAUUGUGAGCUCCAACCUUGUGCUCUGAGUGAUAGCUUACCUCGACCCCAUGGGAAGUUUUAUGCAAUGUCUGGCUUCUUUGUGGUGUUUCGGUUUUUUAACUUGUCCUCAGAAGCCACACUCGAUGAUGUAUUAGAUAAGGGCCAGGAAUUCUGUGGGAAAUCGUGGGAUGUUGCACGGAAUAGUGUGGUACCACAAUCAUUUAUAGAACAAUACUGCUUUAGGGUACCUUACAUUGUGUUGCUACUGAGAGAGGGCUUACACAUUACAGAUAGCCAGGUGCUUAUUGGUUCUGGUAGUAUUACUUGGACACUUGGGGUUGCUCUAUUGGAAGCUGGGGGGUCAUUGUCAACUCGAAUGCCACUUCAGAGCUAUAGAAUACUCCGAAUGAAGAUUAGCCCAACCAUUCUUAUUGUUCUGGUGUUUAUUUCGCUGGUACUUCUAGCCUGUGCCUUAUCAUGCAUUGGUGAUUGGAUGUUAAGAUUCUUCCGUAGGCCCUAUCUCCCAUUAUUUAGGCAUAACAGUACGACUGCAACCUCUGUUCUUAAUAUGUCUUCUCCAUUCCGAUUCCAGCGCUGGAGUCCUAUCAACACCGGUAAGCUUUUUUCUGAGGAUUGUUGAGUCAUGUACUCUCAAACCUAUAGGUUUUAUCUGUAUCACUUCUUUUUUGUACUGUUAUAUUGUCAAGAUGCUUUUCAUAAUUUCGUUAACAAAUUAUUUUUUAUUUCUGUAAUUUGUUUGAUGGAAUUGUCUAAGAAGAUGUAUUAGCCUCU